UAUCGCUAAUCUAUCCGUAAAGAAGAGUGCGACGUGACGUAAACGACGGAUCCAAACAAGUAUCAGCUGUGUUGCAGUCAUUGUUCUCUGACUCGCAUCGGUUUUGGCAGACAAGAUCCUGUUUCCUUUGACAUUCAUCAUCGAGUCUCGCGGAAACGGCGGGAAUAGCGACGGUGAUUAGUCCACGGCAUAGGACACGCGAGGAAGUGCGAACACUUUUAAGAUCGGACGCGACAAGUGGUGAAGAGAGAAAAAACAAGGCGAAAGGCUCUUUUUUUCGUUCCUCACACAAUCGUGGCUGCGCGCGUGCUUCUAUCCUGGCCCCAGUCUCAGUUCGUGUCACUAUUCGCCAACGGUUAUCCCGUGGGACAAUAAUAGUGUGAAAAACGGGGCGGUACGCGCAUAAGCCUGGCCUCGAGCAGCGAGUCGGACGACGGUGGACUCGCUCCGCCACCGCGCAAAAGGUCCCGUAGUUCUGUACCGACUACCCUAAGACCAGCGGACGAGCACCACUCCUCCAGUCCGGACAUGGAUAAUUAUCGUAUGCAUGACAGCGUAAUGCAACAGCAGGCCUCAAAUGGUGGUGUUUCUUCUGGGUUGCAACAAAAUGGAGCUAAGGCAGAUUCUGGUGGGCCUCAUGCUAAUGGCAAUCUAUUACCAGAAUCAGAUAAUGACAUUAAUGGUGUGAAUGGAGAUAUAAAUCAGAGUUUGGGACCACCAAAAAUAAUGGAUAAAACUAAUCAAGACAUUGUGAGACUUAUUGGACAACAUUUAAAGACAGUUGGUUUGGAUCGGACAGCAGAUUUGCUUAUGCAAGAAUCAGGCUGUCGUUUAGAUCAUCCCGCUGCUGCAAAAUUUAGGCAGCAUGUUAUGGAUGGCGAUUGGAACAAAGCAGACCAUGACCUCAAUGAACUGAAGUCUUUUUUAGAUAGUGCAAGCCAGAGUUUAGUGGAGAUGAAAUUCUUAUUGCUAGAACAAAAAUAUUUAGAAUAUUUAGAAGAAGGCAUGGUGUUUGAUGCGUUACAUGUACUGCGCAAUGAGCUUACACCCUUGGGGCAUAAUACCGGUCGUAUUCACCAGUUAUCUUUAUUUAUGAUGUGCAGUGGACGAGAUGAAUUACAGACACGCGCAGGUUGGGAUGGCAAAGGAUCAGCCUCCAGGUCUGCACUUAUGGACAGACUGCAAAGAUUUCUGCCACCCUCCAUUAUGUUACCGCCACGCAGACUUCAUUCUUUACUUUGUCAAGCUGUGGAAAUGCAAAAUCAACUCUGCACGUAUCAUAUAACGCAUUCGCAGUGUGACUACUUUCUAUGCCGAAAAUCCCAGGGUUCAAAUCUACCCAGAACACAAAAGUUUGAUUUGAUUGCCACCCCUCGGAAGGCAAUGGCAAACCACCGAGAGUAUAUUUGCCACCGCCGUUCGGAGCCGGUGUUAAAAACUACAAAUCUAGAAAAUGUCUCUCUACUUGUGGAUCAUAAUUGUGGCGAGGAACAAUUUCCGUGCCAUACUAUACAGAUACUCAACGAUCACUGCGACGAAGUUUGGUAUUGCAAAUUUUCACCCGAUGGUCUCAAGCUCGCCACAGGUUCUAAAGAUAUGACUGUAAUUAUAUGGGAUGUAGAUCCAGAAACCUUAAAAGUGACGCAUAGGAAAACACUUGAAGGUCAUUCAUAUGGUGUAGCGCUAAUUGCUUGGAGCCCUGAUAGCAAUCAUCUAAUUGUUUGCGGUCCUGAAGAUUGCCCAGAAUUGUGGCUUUGGAGUAUCGAUACGCCUGAUUGCGAAUUACGCGUAAAAUUGACACAAAGCACGGAUGACUCGCUGACAGCUUGUGCCUGGCAUCGUGAUUCGAAUAAAUUUGUGACGGGAGGAAUUCGUGGUCAAUUUUAUCAAUGCGAUAUGGAUGGCAAUGUUUCUGAUUCAUGGGAAGGAGUAAGAGUAAAAUGUCUGUGGUGUCGCAGUGACGGGAGGACUGUUCUAGCGGCUGAUACACAUCACAGAAUUCGCAGCUAUACUUUCGACGACUUAGGCGAUGCUACUAUAUUACAAGAGGAUAAUCCCAUUAUGUCGUUUAGCGUAGACAAAACAGAUCGACUCGUAUUACUUAAUGUGGCAAAUCAAGGUAUACAUCUUUGGGAUUUAGAAGAUAAAUCCCUUAUAAGGCGUUUUCAAGGCGUCACUCAAGGACAUUUUACUGUCCAUAGCUGUUUCGGAGGAGUUAAUCAAGAUUUUAUUGCCUCUGGCAGUGAAGACAAUAAAGUGUAUGUAUGGCAUAUCAAAAGAGAACUGCCUAUAGCGAUUCUUACAGGACACAGUAGAUUAGUCAGUUGUGUCUCAUGGAAUCCUGUGUAUCACCAAAUGAUGGCUUCUGUAUCAGAUGAUUUUACAGUGAGAAUAUGGGGCCCAAGAUCAUAUUCAGAUGGAGAAAAUGAUAAAACAGUUUCGCUUGAAACCAACUCUUCAAAUAGCAGCGGUUGGCACGAGAUGGUAUCGUAGCGAAUUACAGUUCUCAGUGUUCCCAUGACCUCAUGGUGUUCAAAAGACUGUCAUGCUGACAUUUGACUAUCGUACUGUCCUGUUGAUUGUCAUACUGACAUUUUACUGCCUUUUGUAGCAGUUGCUCUUCUAUACCUCUUGUCGAUCUUAAUCAUCCACUGUGUACACACACACACACAUACACACAGAGGUAACAAGAGGAAUGUAUAUGUUUAGCAACAACUGCUAAAUUGCCUGCAAUUAUUAAAACCAAAAUCAACCAUUGUGCGUAAUUAUCACAUUUGUGUAUUCUUUUUUUAUAGUACCUUUAAAUAUUUUACAUGCAUUCAUAUAUAUGGCAGCCGUUGUGUUAUCUUAAAAAUUUGAAUGAUUUAACGUCGGAGCUAAUAAUCGAAAAUAUGUGACGCAGCAUAAUACGAUAUAAAGUAGGUCAUAUGGCAAAGUAGAAAACCAAAAAAAUUCCGUCUUAGGAUUGUGUAAAGAUAAAAUUAUAUAAACAAGAAAUAUGGAAUGCAUCCAUGUAUUGGGACAGUAUCGUAGAAACACUAUGUUUUGACAGGAAUUUUGUCAAAUUUGACUAUAAUUGUAUCAAUAAAUAUUGUAUAUAACAGUUUCAGAUCUAGAGUUUUAUUCUAAGUGGUUUAUUGAUUAAUGACUCAAAUAUUAUCUUUGAUAUGUGAUGUCGUAAUUUUUGUCUUUUAUUGAGAAUAAAUAUUUAAUUUUCAAAUAUUGUGAUCUCACAAGGGAUUAUUGAACUUUGUAGAUUGGAACAAAAAUUCGAAAAUAUUUGGAGAAGCGAUCUUGUUGCGUUCACAGCAGCACACCAAACUGUAGAAAUAAAAAGCAAUAUUUGUCUGAAGUGGCUUUAUUGUUUAGGCUUUUAUAAAAGAAUAAUUAUAUAUUAAUUUUUAGUUAGAAUCAUAAUCACGAUUACAAGUGCAUGAGUGCAAGAAAAGUUAUCCAGUCCAUGUAUAUCAUUAGACUGUAACUUUACAGUAAAGUAUCUAACAUAAAAAUGUUUUUAAGUGAAAAACUUAUUUAUUUACAUGUGAUUGCACUAUCUGAAAUGAUGAACAUACAUAGGUAAUAU